ACUUCCUGCAGAGUGAAGCGAGAUAGUGCCAUUCUCUUUAGUGUUUGCCCUGUCUUCCCAAUGUCCACCUCCUCACCGCUCGCAUUUCGAUAUCAAAAUAACGCACUGUGAGUCUCCAAACUGGCCAUUAACAAAAGCAAACGACCGUAAAUCAGCGUGUCAUAUGGAGUAACUAAAAACCGCACAGAAGGAGCGACGAGGUAGACCCUACAUUCAGAUCACCUCAAUCAGCAGUCCUGCCCCACUGUAAAUUUAUAUUCUUGACCUCAUCUUACUGUUAACUUAGCUAUAGCAGCGAGGAUGUCUCAGCUCCAGUUUCAGUGUCCAGCUAGCCCCAUGCCCGCUGCUUCUGCCCCCCUGCAGCCACAGCCUAGCUACAGCAUCCCUUGUGCCUCAGGCACCCUACCGUCAGAGAGCGCCAGCCAGCCCAUCAGGAGCUCCGCUCUCCCCGCAGGGUCAGCCACUCCCUACAAUAGCACCACAGUAUCUAACAUGGCAAACCCUAAAGAGAAGACCCCUAUGUGUUUGGUGAAUGAGUUAGCCCGUUUUAACAAGAUUCAACCUGAAUAUAAGCUGCUUUGUGAGCAAGGGCCAGCUCACUCAAAGAUUUUCUCAGUGAGGCUCACGCUGGGAGAUCAGCAUUGGGAGGCAGAGGGGACCAGUAUCAAGAAAGCUCAGCAUUCCGCUGCUGCAUCAGCCCUCGCUGAGACUACACUCCCUAAACCCACUGUGAGGACACCCCGCAGCACAGGAAAGCACCAAGCAGAUGGCAUGACGCAUAUUACAGAGCUGAGUGCACUAUGCAUCAAACUUGGUAAAAAGCCUCUCUAUAAACCCAUCGACGCAUAUACGGGGAUGAGACCACCAAACUUCAACUACAAUGUGCGGGCUCCAGGGCCUUACCAGCGCUCUAUGCAACAGUACUACUACCCAUUUCCUCCUGUGGGACCAAUGUUAUAUCAUGUGGAGCUUUCUAUUGGAGGCCAGCAGUUUUUUGGGAAAGGACGAACGCGGCAGUUAGCCAAACACGAUGCUGCUGCCAAGGCCUUGAAAGUACUGCAGAAGGAGCCAAUACUGCAACAGUUGCCAGUGGUGAAUGGAGAGCCAGAGGAGGAGAACCUGAACAAAUCAGAAAUCAGUCAAGUCUUUGAAAUUGCACUUAAACGCAACUUACCUGUCAGCUUUGAGGUUUUAAAAGAAGAGGGCCCUCCACACAUGAAGACUUUUGUAGUGCGUGUUACAGUUGGCGAGUUCACAGGAGAGGGCGAGGGAAAAAGUAAAAAGAUUGCAAAGAAGCUAGCAGCAGCAGCGGUGCUGGGAGAGUUGAAGAGACUACCCCAUAUACCCAGUGUAGAAAAGACGCAGCCCCGCAUCAAAAAGAAAACCAAAUCUAUCAUCAAGCUGCAGACCAGUCCAGAAUAUGGACAGGGAAUGAAUCCCAUCAGCCGCUUGGCUCAGAUCCAGCAGGCCAAGAAGGAGAAGGAGCCGGAGUAUAGCAUGGUGACAGAGAGAGGGCUGCCACGGCGCAGGGAGUUUGUCAUGCAGGUUACUGUGUGUGGGCAGUCUGCAGAGGGAAUGGGACCCAGCAAGAAGGUGGCCAAGAGGAACGCAGCAGAGAAAAUGCUGGAGCUCUUGGGGUAUAAAGUGCCUCAGCCUCAACCCCCAAAACCGGCACUCAAAACUGAUGAAAAGACCCCAGUAAAAAAGCCAGGUGAUGGGCGCAAAGUGACCUUCUACGAACCUGGUUCUGUAGAGGAGGGGACACUGGGUUCCAAGGAGGAGGACUUCCGCCUGCCUUACCUGAGCCACCAGCAGCUGCCUGCAGGGAUCCUGCCCAUGAUGCCUGAGGUGGCACAAGCAGUUGGGGCCUGCCAAGGAUCCCAGGCCAAGGACUACAGUCGAAGUAUACCCAACCCAGGCAAGACCACGAUCACUGCCAUGAUUGCCAACGAGCUGCUUUACGCUGGGACAUCACUGACUGCAGAGACUAUCCUGAAGACUAAAAAUAACACGAAUCAACUGCCCCACGGCCCCCUAACCAGGCCCUCGGAACAGCUCGGCUAUCUGGCAUCUGUGCAGGGCCUACAGGUGGAAUACAAGGAUUUUCCCAAAAACAAUAAGAAUGAGUUUGUGUCACUGAUUAACUGCUCCUCCCAGCCACCGCUCAUCAGUCAUGGGAUUGGGAAAGAUGUAGAAUCCUGUCAUGAUAUGGCUGCACUGAACAUAUUGAAGUUGCUCUCAGAGUUGGACCAGCAGUCAAACGAAAGGACAGGAAAUGGACCAGUUUCUGGGUGUGGCAAACAAGAAAUUGAAGGGGACUUGCACAUCAAACAGGCUAACUCAAGCACAUUGGCACAGACCCUGGAUGGCACUGUUUAGAUUAUGAGGUUUGGUUGUAAAAGCACUAGAGAAAACUCAGACACUGUGUUCUUAGUCAGAUUUAGAAGGCUACAGGAAACUUUGGACUCUGUAGACUCUAAACCAUCACUGUUCAUAUUCACCGUUACAAAAUGUUCACAGUUAAACAAGAUUAAUAGGAAAAAUAGACUAUCCUCCUUGAUGUUGUUUAAUUGUACACAUUAUUUUUUUUCUGUUGCUUUGUAGAAAAAAAAAAGUAGCUGCAUCCUAGCCAAUCAAUUGGGAGGAGGGGUGCUUGAUAAGGGGAGGAGAAAAAGGAAGAAGUGAUUUACUGUGAAGUCUUUAUUUUGCAUAGAACUUGUUUACUCUUUGUGAGAACUGCUAACUCUUGUUUUUAAGUGUUUUACGUUUUGUCCCCUGCAGAGGUAGUUCAUUAAAGAAUAUUCUCAAUAUGGUUUAGAUCUUUGUCUAGGGUGCAGCUGGCGAACCUCUGAUUUUCCUAGAGUGCUUUAUAUCAACAACCACAAGUGAAGUGUUAUCAACAUUACCAUGUAGGGCUGGGAAGAAUCUGUGACUAAAUGUAGCGUGUUGUAAUGUGAUCUUGUCGAAUCUGUGUGUGGCAGGGAUGUUUCCCUGUUGCACCAGUUUCCUUGAAAAUCCCUUUUCCUCCCUUAUGUCAAACUCUCCCUACUCUUUCUGCUCCCCAUGGUAAUUAAAUGUGCUUACAUGCACAAAACUAA